UUUAUUUCAUGAUAGUUUAUUAAAUACUGAAAACGGAAUACAGAUAUUAUGUCUUUAUUAGAAAAGGAAUGGUUUAUACAAGCCCCAUGGGGCAAAAUAUGCAUUGUUGCAUGGGGUGACUGUUUGGAUCCUCCCGUUCUUGUGUGCCACGGCAAUAUAGAUUCCGCAGCCAGCUUCAGGCCUCUCAUAUCAUUAUUGCCAAAGAAGUUCUAUUAUGUAGGUAUGGAGUUACCAGGGAAUGGUAAAUCGGAUCCUUUUCCUCCUGGGGUGUUGUUCAGUUCACAUGACCUUUUAUAUGCCAUUGUAGUAGUCGUUAGACAUUUUCGAUGGGAAAAGUUUGUCUACCUCGCACAUUCCUUCGGCAGUAACUUGGGCAAAAUGUACGCACUGACAUUCCCAAAUAAGUUAACGAAGAUAAUUGAAUUGGAUCCCAUUACGGUAAACGGUGUUACGGAUCAUAAAAACUAUACAAAAUGGUACCAAAGAUCUUAUCACGAAUAUUGUAAAAACUAUGAAAAGUAUAACCUUCCUAAAGAGUUCGGACCUAAAUACAAAAAGGAGGAGGCUGUAGCUAAAUUGAUGAAAAAUAGACAUUUAACAAAAGAGACUGCGGAAGCCACACUCGAGAGAUGGUCAGAACCAACUGGUGAUGGUCAUAUCAGGUUCACAUUUGAUCAACGUUCAAAAAUAUUCGUCCAUUAUCAAAUAUCAGAGAAAUUAGCUAAAGAAUUGUACACAAAUAUUAAAAUACCAACAUUAGCUUUGGUCGCUGACGUAUCUAUUGACAGGGGCUUGUAUAAAACGACGCCAUUUUGUUUAGACGAGAAAUCAUAUCCCGCGGGUAAUUACAGAGUUAGAUUUGUCUCUGGUUACCACGAUGUUCACGUUGUAAAGCCAGAAGUUCUAGCGCCUUAUAUAAGUAACUUUUUAUUAUACGGACUUCAAGGUCUCGAUAAUACUGCCAAGUUGUAAUUUAAAUUUGGAACUAUUUUUUUUUCGAAAACAGUGGUCUUCAACCUUUUUUAAAGUCUUGGGCAAAAGUUACUUUAGUUAUAACGUUGAGUGUGAUAGAAAAGAUGAAAAC